AUGAGCCUAGAAUGGGAGCGGACUGUUGCAUUCUUUGGCUCAUUCAUUGGUGACAACUACGGUCUUUACACCUAUCAGAACAGCAUCACCAUGUCCACCAGACCAUCUACAUUGGAGCAUCCUGACUAUGCGGGCAAUUCUGGCAGUACAUCACUUAACAAGAUGCUUAGCAAGGCUUCUCCGAGCAAGGCCGUCGCAGGCAGGCAUGGUGGCCCUUCUACCAGUGUUGAUGGAAAGCGUGCAGCUAGCUUCAUCUUACCGCAGGGAAAAGUUCUCAGCACACUUGAUCAUUGGGAUGAUGUUGUUGUAUAUGACUGCACCGCAUUCUUCCAGGGCAUUGAGAGUCGCAAGCGAGAUAACGAGUUCUCUUUCAAUUCAGUGCGCGACACCUGCCCGCAUUGGAAUAAUAAGGUUCCUCUUGGUUCUUUUGUUGCUGUCCUGUACAGCCCUGGCCAGUAUAAAACCAAGCUGGGGACAGACUCGGUGUCGCUCAAUCUGAUGGCAGUUUGUAUCUUGUUGAAGGAGGAUUAA